UUUUUGUUUCGAACGAAUCAAAUGUUCAUUGUGUAAUACAUAAAUUAGAAAUAACCAAAGAUGGUUUAAAUACUGUAUGGAUAAAAGUGAUUAAUGUCGUAAAAUGUUAUAUCGGAAAUAAUGGCAUAAUGG